CUCUCCUGCCUGCACUCGGUGUGCGAGGAAUGCCUGCAAAUCCUCUAUGAGUCCUGCCCCAAGUACAAGUUCAUUUCCUGCCCCACCUGCAAACGGGAGACCGUCCUCUUCACCGACUACGGGCUGGCGGCACUGGCUGGCAACCCCAGUCUCCUAACCUUUUUUCCGGCCGAGGCGCUGGCCGCAAACCCUGUCCAGUGGAGCAGCGACACUGACCGCAGCUGCUACCAGACCUUCCGCCAGUACUGUGGGGCUGCCUGCACCUGCCACAUCCGAAACCCGCUGUCUUCCUGCACCAUCAUGUGA